UGUUAUUGCUAGUCGUUUAUUGAUUGGUAAGGGUCGGAAACUUUCACAAGGUAGAUUUCGACAGCCGUCAAUGUUCUCAGCACCAUCUUCAAUAACUAUGUUCAUAUCAGCAGAAAGGGCAAUACGAAUCUCCCUGUUGCUAGCGGGUGCAACAUAAAUGGUAUAUUUUCUGUUUUUCAACACCAUUAUAUGGAACUUUUAACAUAUUUAUUUCAACUUAAAGAUUGUCAACAUAAGAAGAAACAACAUGUUGUUUUUCUAUAAUAAAUAUCCAGCAAUGAAUACAUAAUACUAAUCAAUCUGAAAAACCCAAAUCAUGACUUCAUCGGAUUACUUCAACAUUUCGGUCUCAGAUGACAUUGUGGAAACGGAGAAACUUCUUCUUGAUCCUGUAUCUGAUUUGGAUGCCACCAACCCACUGAUGAAUAUGUCUAAUCUGACAAAUGACUCCUCAUCAUGGAUUCAACUUAAAUCCUCUCCACCUCUGGCAGAUUUAUUAAAGGACUUUUAUGAAUACCAAUUAGCGUUAAAUUUAGUGAUUUGGUUAUUCCCUGUGAUAAUAAUUGGAGGUACUAUCGGCAAUCUACUAAGCCUUGUCGUCAUGUUACGAAGAGAAAUGAGACAGACGUCGACAUGUUUUUAUUUGGCAACGUUAGCAAUCACAGAUACGUCAGUCUUGUAUAUCAGUGCUUUUAAAACCUGGAUUCGGAUUUUAACAGGAUUUGAACUACUGCAUGUAUCCAAUGCCGCGUGUAAAGGGAUUAUGUUUUUAGUGUAUUUCUUUAAUCAUUUUUCCGCCUGGAUUAUAGUUGCUGUUACAAUCGAAAGGUUUUUAGCCGUAUGGUUUCCAUUAAAAGCUGGAACUAUGUGCAGUGUUUCUCGGGCAAAAUUUGGAACGUUUGUGAUUGCCAGUGUGUUUAUUUUGGUGAAUUCUCAUUUAUUCUGGACGGCCGAGUUGGUAUCAACAACAUCAUCAAUGAGUUCAGAUCAUUUAAUGUGCAUAGGAUAUGUAUAUAAGACAUUUGUCUGUAAAGUAUUUGCCUGGAUAAAUUUAAUGCUCUACACAUUUCUCCCAUUUAUAGUGUUGCUAAUAUUCAACAUUUUGAUUAUAAUAAAUCUCCUGAAACAUAGACAAGUUCUAACAAGCACCAUGACGAAAGAUGACCAACAAACGAGAAACAAUCAUCGAAAACUGGCCAUAACCCUACUGACGAUAUCUUUUGUUUGGAUCAUUACAACCAUGCCCUUCACUUGUCACGCCCUACUGAAACCCAAAUCUCAGUCAUAUCAUGAUAUAGCUGUGAAUUUCUUGACCAAGUUUAUAUGCUAUUGUUUGUUCUAUACGAAUCAUUCCAUCAAUUUCUGUCUGUAUUGUAUCACAGGACAGCGGUUUCGACACGAGAUGAGAAAACUCUUCUGUCGUAAACAAAAGAACAAACCCAUUACUAAGAUGACAUUCAAAACGAGUGGUAGUGGCCAUGACAGUUCUUACCCAUUAAUGGAGAACGUUUACAUGGAUGUUAUCAAUCAUUCAAAUACAACCGGUAAAAAUGUACUACCAUUACAAAGUAGCCAGCAUGCUGCGGAAUUAACACAAUAGUGCCACAAUUUCGACAUCUGCGGCCUUAGUUUCUUUAAAUGUUCUCUUUAUUCUGAUUUUAGAUGUAAGAGUUAAUUGUAUACAGCCUGUACAUAAUUAUUUCUUAUUCCGGUUAAUAAUUCUUUUCUACAAUAGGAAGGCAUGGUGUUUGACAUCUUAACACAAUAUGGACACUGUCGAGACAUACAGUUAAUGUGUGCAAUGUGAGAAUUUUGAGACAUACAGCUAAUGUGGGAAUUUUGAGCCAUACGGUUAAUGCGUGCAAUUUGAGAAUUCUGAGACAUACAGCUAAUGUGGGCAAUGUGAGAAUUUUAAGACAUAUUGUUAAUGUGGGCAAUGCGAGAAUUUUGACACAUAUUGUUAAUGCGUGGAAUUUGAGAAUUCUGAGACAUACAGCUAAUGUGGGCAAUGUGAGAAUUCUGAGCGAUACCGUAAAUGCGCCAAUUUGAGAAUUCUGAGACAUAUACGGUUAAUGUGGGCAGUGUGAGAAUUUUGAGACAUACGCUUAGUGCGUGCAAUGUGAAAAUUUUGAAACAUACGCUUAUAACGUGCAAUGUGAGAAUUUUGAAACAUAUCAAUGUGUUAAUGGGUGGACCCCUAUUUUCCACCCCCUCCUAAUGAUUAGACAACACUAUCCUUGUCAGUACAACUAAGUGAAAUGAAAUGAAAUGGGGUUUAACGUCCUACUCCUAAACUGGGCUAAUGCGACGGAGUACAACUAAGUACCACCUCCCAUGCCAAGAUUUCAACGCAUGUUAAUCUUAUCUGGAGUACAGGGAUCUCACCACUAGAAAACUGUGGCCCCCUAAAAUGAUAACCCUGCAUAAUUUAAUCCAACUUAUCCUUAUUUAUAUUCAGUCAAUUCAAUACUAUACGUACAAUGACAACACACCCCCUCCCCCAAAAUAUCCUAAAGAUGGGCCUUACCAGAUUUAACCACGCACUACUACGCGCAAACAAUAUACAAUAUACGUAUUAUUUCUAUCAUGUGUAUACAAUAAACACAGCCAUAAAACUUACAGAAUAUUCCACAAAACAGGCCGUAAAUAAAAAUAAUCAUUCAAUUCCAAAUGUUAGUGUGUUUUAGCUGCAAAUUGGUUGUUUUGCUUAUAAAUUUGUUUUAUUUUUUAUACUUGUACAUGUUUUUUCACUUUUUCCAUUUGUUUAAAUUGUCGCUUUUUAUGUCUCAGUCAUCAAUAGGAUUUUUGUCAUACAAUUUAAAGAUACAAUCCAACAGAACUAUAUGGGGUAGUUAUUUCAGAGGGAGCGAGAGAGAGAGAGAGUUUAAUUUCAACUGACACAAACUAGGUCAUUUUGGGAUUAACAUAUGGUUUAAUCUGAUAAUAUGAUAUAAGGGGGAUUUGAAGUAAACUUUUCACAGAUAAAUUAGUUUUAAGUAUGUUUUUAGUCCAAAUAUAUUAUAAAAUCACACAAUUUGUAAGCGGGAAGGCAUCUUUAAUUUAUCUUUAUCAUCUGCAGGAAAUGACAAAUGUUACCAAAUUUUCAAUUCAUCAUAUCUGUGUAAUGUAACUUUUGGACUGACAUUCCUUUUAGAGAUUCCACUAUCACAAUAUCGUAGUUCAUAAGGGAUGAAAAAUCCUCAAAUGAUCAUUAAAAUAAAGUUUCCUCCCUUAAAUGAUCAUUAAAAUAAAUUUUUAUCCCUUAAAUGAUCAUUAAAAUAAAGUUUCAGCCCUUAAAUGAUCAUUAAAAUAAAGUUUCAGCCCUUAAAUGAUAAUUAAAAUAAAGUUUCAGCCCUUAAAUGAACAUUAAAAUAAAGUUUCAGCCCUUAAAUGAUCAUUAAAAUAAAGUUUCUGCCCUCAAAUGAUCAUUGAAAUAAAGUGGCUAUGUCAAAGUAGAAAUUAAUGAAAGUCAGUCGAAGACAUAGUCAAAUUUCAGAUAAAAUUUAUUUAUCAUCAAAUUGUACAA